CUAAUGUCAGGACAAGUGUCAUAUUUCCCAUUGUCAUUACCUUUGAAGCCUUUCCUUUAAACCGAGCAGCAGAGCCAAACGCCUUCAAUCAGAAACAAGUGAAUGCAGCCGAUUGCUGUUUGUUGCACGUGGAGCCUCUAGUGUGUAGCUCAUGUGUUGGGCGCAGGUAAUGUGUUCGUGGACCCAAGCGGGACCAGGUGACACCACCUGCAGCUUCGGCGUGAGUGCUGUUUUUGGGCUUGGAAGCUUCAUGUCUAAACUGAAACGCGCCUUAUUUUUUAACUGAUAACCUUUCCCACUCUCUGGCUUUUGUGUCCUACGGAUCCAUUUUAAUCUCAUGAAUACGUUGAAUGAUGGCAAUAAAGGCGCUACCGUUCAAGGCGUUUCAGGGCGGACGACUGCUGCCAUCAGUGACCCCACCUCCAGCAGCAAUGGCUCAUCUCCUCAUGAAAAGAGGCCCAUCAACCCAGCGCACACACCUUCCGAUGCCCCCAUUGUCCAGACAGGACUUAUAUGUGGCGCUGAGCGCCCCGGGUCCAAGUCUGUGGAAGCGCUGCUCGGAGGCACAACAUGCAGAACCGAACCGAGAAGCUGGCAGCGGCGCCGCAUCCGCGAUUUCUGCGCAGCAGCAGCGCCACGUACCUGGCGAAGGUUGCGCUCGUCCUCCAGGAAGCUCCGGACAAGAUGCUCACCUUUUCUCAGCUCAUGGACAAGAUGGCACCAUGUUUUCCCGAAGACAGAAAACCAUUUGAGAACAACAUCAGAGUGUGUUUAUCAAGCAACAAAUGCUUCAUCAAGAUCCCAAUGGUUCUGGGUUCAACACAGAGCAAGAGAAACUACUGGAAGCUGGACUGCAGUCAGAUCACCGCUAAGAUGGUGCGCCGUCACUUCAAAGGGAUCCUGCAGCUCUUCCCCGAGUUGGCCUCCAAGGUGGAAACGGAGAACGCGAGCGGGCCAGCGGUGCCUUGCUCAGCGGUCCACUCUCCCGGGGCCUCGGCCUGCAGGUCUGUCCCGAGCAGACCUGUGAAGUUCAGCGGCCCUUUCUCCAUCGAGUCCCUCCUGAAGAGGAGUCCACCCGCUCGGGGUUCCAGGGCUUCUCCUCUGUCCAGUCUGCAGGUCGGAGCCGAGCAGCAUCCCGGGCGAUCCCUCGUCUGCUCGCCAGGGGGCGCCACACUCCACGGACUCGCUGCGGACGGAGCUACUGCGCAUGUCCGCGGGAGGCAUCCGCGCUGUGAUAUUUUAUUCCCCGGCUACACAGCGGCCAGUGCUGCCCCGUAUUUCAGCAGUUACAUCACUCACCCUGUACCUGCAUUCACACACGACGCUCUUUAUUUCCGCUUGUAAAUAGUUGCACUAACCUCAGACACACAUGCACCCAGGAAAAAAUCAAACGUGUGCGUUCGUUGAUGUCUAGUAUUACAUUUAUUCGUGGCUUUAUUUUUGUUAAUAGAAACCCAGUAUUGAUGACAGUAUCUCCUGAUAUUUUUUUUUUGCUCAGAGAGGACUAAAAUGCUGUUUGUUGUACAGUGUAUAAGCUUUGUGCAAUAUGGCCACUAUUUUUUAAAAAAAGGUUUGGACACCAGCUUUGUUUGACCACAAGGGGGCAGCAAAUCUAUCGCAGCUUGAAAAGCUAUGGUUGUAAAUUUUGGAUUGUAUCAUAUAAACUAGAACAAUUAAAGGGAGUUUUUCUCCUGUGCUUUUGA